AAUGCCACGCGGUGUCGCUGUCGGUCAGAAGAUUUUAUUCAGUACAUCAGUGCAAGUGGAUAGCGUGUAGUGCAGCGCGUGCUAUCAUAAACAUACAGCCUGCCUGAGAUCUCUAAAUGGAAUCCUACAUUUUUAAUACUGCGACGGAAGUAUUCCUAGGCCUAGUGAUUCUACUGUGGGCUCUAUACUGGUAUCUCACGAAGGAAUACAACUUCUGGGAGAAAAAUGGAGUGCCCUGCAAGAAGGCAGUAUUUCCUUUUGGGUCCUUCAAAGAUCUCGUCCUGGGCAGAGAACAUAUGGGAGAUGCUUACGCCAAAAUUUACAAAGAGUUCCCUGGUGAACGUUACUGUGGAGCGGUUGAGUUAAACCGCCCGGUGUUGGUCAUCAGGGAUCCUGAACUGGUAAAACAUAUCUUAAUUAAGGAUUUCAACCAUUUUGUAGACAGAUUUCCUUUCUACCACAACCCAAAGGAGUCCAUAAGCCAGCAUCUGUUCUUAAUGAAUGAGGAGGACGGUUGGAGAGAUAUGCGGCACAAAUUGUCUCCUGCAUUCUCAUCUGGGAAAAUGAAACACAUGUUUCUGCUCAUGUUGAAAUGCAGCAAGCAGCUGGAGGAUUAUUUCUACAAAAUUACAGAAAAUCAGGCAAGCGUAGAUGUAAAACGUGUGUUUGCCAAUUUCACUAUUGACAUAAUAGCAUCGUGUGCUUUUGGCGUAGAGACAAACUCUUUGUCAGGUAGCAACACUGAGUUUUAUCAGAUAGCUGUUGCCAUCUUCAAACCUACGACUUGGAUGAUAAUGAAACACAGAAUUAUGACUGUCUUCCCUUCACUGUCCAAACUGAUCAAUAUAGAACGAAUAGCACAAAAACCCAAGAAGAUGCUCCAUGAAUUGGUUUCCAGCACUGUGAAGUACCGUGAGGAGAAUAAUGUUUGCAGAAAUGAUUUUUUGGACAUCCUCAUCGGUAUUAAACACAAUAGGAAUAUUCUUGAUGGAACCGAAGAGGAAAACGGGUUGAAAAAUAAUUCAAGAAUCACUAAGGAAGAGGGACUCACAAUGGACCAAAUAACUGCCCAGGCCUUUAUCUUCUUUGCGGCAGGAUUCGAAACAGCUUCUUCGACGUUGACUUUCUGCCUCUACGAGCUGGCGCAUCACCCGGAGAUCCAGGAGCGCCUCCGCCUGGAACUGGAGACAGUGCUGGAGAAACACGGAGGUGAAGUUAGCUACCAGGCGCUCCAGGAUUUGAAAUACAUGGAUCAAGUUGUUGAUGAAACGCUGAGAAUGUACGCAUCCCUCGCUGUGAUCCACCGGAGAUGCACCAAGCCGUACAAAAUCCCUGGAUCCGACUUGGUACUCCAGCCUGGUCAGAAAAUACGCAUCCCGGCCUAUGCUCUACAUCACGAUCCCCAGUACUACCCGGACCCUGACAAGUUCGACCCGGAGCGAUUUGCACCUGAGAAAGUCAAGGAGCGACACCCCUGCCUGCACCUCCCCUUCGGAGACGGUCCCCGCAACUGCAUAGGAAUGAGGUUCGGGUUAAUGCAGACCAAGAUAGGAUUGGCCACGUUUAUACCAAAGUUCCGUGUGGAGAUAGCUCCUGAUACUCCUAUUCCUAUCAAGUUAUUGCCGACCUCCUUCGUCACUCAGUCGGACCGACCCGUCACCCUGAAAGUUAUCAGGAGAUGAUAUGUGUUUUUGCUGACAUAUCUGCAACUCCAACUUACGUGUAUGGCUUUAAAUAGUAUUUCGUUGAUGCGUUCGUGUUUCUUGAGGUGCUAUUAGGAGCGAAAGAUACUCCUUGUAUUGUAAGUAACUUUUAAAAUUGUGUUUACAACGAUACUUCUUGAAUUAAAAUUCUUCUUUUUUAAUAA